UACGCCGUCCGAACCAAAAAAACCAGAUUUUUUUGUCUUGAAUAAAUUACUUAGUCUUCAUAUUUCAGCCCAAAUUUCUUGGUCUGAACAAAAACCCACCCAGAAUUUUCAAAACCGUUUCUUUUGAAUUUCUUUUUUUCCCCAGCAGAGAACAGCAAAGCUGCUUCUUUUACUCCUCCUCAUUCCAGAAUUAGUUCAAAAUCUGGAAACUUUGGUCAAUGGGUUCAUAAAUUGGGUAAAGAAUCAGUCUCUGGUUCGGUUCCCAUCGAUUCUUGAUCUCUCCAAUCUGCAAUUCCAUGGAAAUGUUGCAAAGGUUUCUUGAUUGUUAACUGCAAAUUUUAGAAGAAACGAAGUGGAAAUGAUCCGACGAGUAAAUAUCAUCAACAUUUUUUUAGCUCAAGAAAACUGAUCGAAAGCGAGGAUGGUCACCAUUGAUAUGAGCAUGAAUGAGGGUAAUGGAGUUGAGGAAUCUGCUAAAUCUGAUAAUACUGCCUUACACAUUUCUUCAUCACAAAGAGGACUCGUAACCGAUGGAGUUCCACAAAAAAAGUUUGAUGGAGGCUCUCUCGCCGUGCCAAAGAGGCUACAGUUCCUUAAUUUUGGGAAUUUGUCUUCCCCUUCUGCCAAGUUUCAACAGAUCACCGAGGAGAGAGAUGAGAUUUCCCGUUCUGUCCCGUCUUCUGGAAGCGUCCGGGAACGCUUGAGCCGUCUCUUCUCGAGGAAAAUCGAUUGGGUCUCUUUGCGCAAGAUGUGCAAGGAAUGGAUUAGGAAUCCGAUGAACAUGGCGCUUCUUGUUUGGAUCCUUUGCGUCGCCGUCUCGGGGGCGAUUCUCUUCCUCGUGAUGACGGGGAUGUUGAACCGGGCCAUCCCAAAGAAAUCUCAAAGGGACGUUUGGUUCGAAGUGAACAACCAAAUCCUCAAUGCACUGUUCACUCUCAUGUGUCUCUACAUGCACCCGAAGCGGUUGUACCACUUCGUGCUCCUCAUACGGUGGAGGCACGAAGACGUUUCCAGGCUCCGGAAGGUGUAUUGCAAGGACGGGACCUACAAGCCCCACGAGUGGUCCCACAUGAUGGUCGUUGUUUCACUACUAAAUCUCAAUUGUUUCGCUCAAUACGCUCUUUGCGGGCUCAACUGGGGGUACAAGAGAUCGCAACGGCCUGCCAUCGGGGUGGGUCUUUGUGUCUCCGUCUCAAUCGGCGCGUCCGCUGUCGCGGGCAUUUACUCGAUGCUUAGCCCGCUCGGGAAAGAGUAUGAUCACCCGACUCCCGAGCAGGGGGACGAAGAAUCUCAACUCCGCAGAAAAUCCUUCGAAAAAAGAUUCUCUUUUGCGAAGGACGACGGGAGGAAUCUAGAGACAGCCCCGCAAUGGAGCGGGGGCAUUUUGGACUUUUGGAACGACCUCUCGACGGCGUACCUCUCGUUGUUCUGCACUUUCUGCGUGUUUGGAUGGAACAUGGAACGGUUAGGGCUAGGGAACAUGUACGUACACAUAAUGACGUUUCUUCUGUUCUGCAUGGCCCCGUUUUGGAUAUUCAACUUAGCCGCGGUCAACAUUGAUAACGACACCGUCCGUGGGGCUUUGGGGUUGGUAGGGGUGUUCCUAUGCGUGUUUGGUCUGUUAUACGGCGGGUUUUGGAGGAUCCAGAUGAGGAAGAAGUACAAUUUGCCCGCAUACGGCAAUUCCCCGUUUGGGAAAUUCAAAUGCAGAUCGUCAGUCGUUGAUUGUGCAUUGUGGCUCUUCUGUUGUUGGUGUUCUUUGGCUCAAGAAGUUCGGACCGGGAAUUCGUAUGAUAUCGUUGAGGAUAAGUUUUACAAGAAACAACGCGACGGCGAAGGUCAUAUUUCACCUUUGCCCCGAGAAGACGAGGGGGCGUUUAAGGCAGGUCCAAGUUCUUCUCUUCCUCCUCCAAACAAGCCUCAUGAAGGCAAGAGUUCCACACCAAGUCCAAGCAGAUUUGCACCCCAGUAUUUGAGUCCAGAUGCAUCUAAUGUGGGGGGAGGUAGGAAUGAUCCUAUGGAGCCGCCGCCUCCUAUGACCAUACAAAAAGAAGACGUUUAACGCAACGGUUUUGAGGUUGCGUGUGGCUAUUCGGAUUCAAAAAAAAAAAGAAAAGAUUUGCCCGACACCGGAGUCGUGUAUUGGAAUCUUGUUUACCACGGGGGCGGAGAUUUUCACGGGGGAGCCCAUUCUACAAAGCGUCCCGCCAAGCGAGGGUCGGAGCGUAUCAACCUUGUUGUUCAUAAUUUUCAUGUUUUGUUAUAAUUUUUUCUUCCAUUUUUGUUGUCUUUUUCCUCUGCAAGUAUGUGGUUUUUUUCCCCCAUGUGUAAAGGAAUAACAAGAGAUUAGUGUG